AUGAAAAGAUCAAUUAUAAGAUUGAGUAUAUUUAGUAGAACUUAUUUGAAUUCCGUUGUUAAUAAUAUUAAUAAGGGAUGUUAUGGUUUUUUGUGUGUGCAAGGAUUAAAUUUUGGAAGCAAAAAGGAAAAAACUUAUAAAGAAACAAAAAAAAUUCGUAAUUUAUUGAAAAUAUCGGGGAUAAGAAAUGAUGAAAUAGAAAAUAUUAAUACAAAUAAAAAAGGAAAAGAGAAUGUAAAAAGAAUAACAAACGAAAAUAAUAAUGUAGAUUAUAAAUCAUAUGAUAUAAAAAUUGAAGAAAUUAUAAAAAAUUUUGACAUAAAAAUGAAAAAAUUGUUAGAAAAUACAUUAACUGUUGACUUUUUCAAUAACAUUGUAGUUACAAAAGAUAAGAAAAAAUAUAAAUUAUCUGAUAUUUCACAAGUAGUUAUUAAAUCAUCAAAGACUAUUUUUUUUUAUCCAUAUAUAAUUAGUGAUAUACAAAAAAUAAUUCAUACUUUAAAAGUUAAGGAUAAUACUUGGAACCCCACAGCACCUAAUGAUGGGCAAUAUAUUUUGUUGCAUAUUCCACCAUUAACUAAUGAGAUUAAAUUAAAAAAAAAAAAAGAAGCAAAGGAUUUAUUAGAAAAAGUAAAAAAUGAUAUUAGAAAUAUUCGGCAUAAAAUUCGAGAUUUUAUAGGGAAAAAUGUUGAGGGUGAUGAAUGGAAAAUUGAGGAAAAAAAUAAAUUAGACAAUUAUAUAAAAAAUAAAGUUAAAAAUAUUGAAAAUGUAUAUGAAAAAUAUACUAAAAAUUAUUAG